AUGAAGCAGUUCUUUUCGAACAUCGGUAUCGGGCAGGGGGCGCGCAUAGAGGUCAAGUUCAUGACGGCGGACGGGAAUCCAGCCCCAGAAGCUGAAGGACCUCCCACGGCGAAGGGAGGCAAGGGUGAAAUGCUCAGCGUAUACAACGCAGGUGACAAGGUUGUCGGCGAGGUGAAGAUAUCGCCCAUUCCCGGCAAGGUGUUCGACCACCAGGGCGUGCGCGUCACCCUGACGGGGCGCAUCUUGAGCGGGAGCGACAAGUCGGACUUCAUGGCGGUCGCGAAGGAGAUCGAGCCACCAGGGCAGCUGCGGAGCCCCGGGGCGUUUCCUUUCGAGUUCGAGAACACCGACAUGCGGUACGAGUCGUACGCGGGGUCGCAGGUCCAGCUGCUGUACUUCGUGCGCGUCACGGUGCCCCAGCGCGUGGGCAAGACGGACCGCAAGUUUUUCUUCCUCGUGCGGCGGUACGAGGGGCACGACGCGGCGCCGCGCGCGCCGAUCAAGAUGGAGGUGGGCAUCGAGGACUGCCUGCACCUGGAGUUCGAGUACCUGCGCGACCGGUUCCACCUGAGCGACGUGGUGGUGGGGCGGAUCCACUUCCUGCUGGUGCGGAUCCGCCUGAAGCACAUGGAGCUCGAGGUGCGGCGGCGAGAGACCGUCGGCGGCGGGGCGAGCGCGCACUGCCACACGGAGACCGUCGCGCGGUACGAGAUCAUGGACGGCGCCCCCGUCAAGGGGGAGUCCAUCCCAAUACGCCUCUUCCUCGCCCCGUACGGCCUGACGCCGUCGUACGCGGACGUCAACAAGAAGUUCAACGUCAAGUACUUCCUCAACCUCGUCCUCGUCGACGAGGAGGACCGCCGCUACUUCAAGCAGCAGGAGAUCGUGCUCUUCCGCGCCAACCCCAGCGCCGCCACGCAGCAGGGCGCGCAGCCGCCGCCCGUGCCCCAGCACCCCGUCCAGCCCGUGCCACGAGACGUCGCGGCCGCGAGCGGACCCGUGACGGCGAUCCCUGCCGACGGCGGGGCGGGCGAGGCGUCCUCGGACGCUGCAGCGGCGAUGCGGGCUCCGCCGCCCUCGGCGUCGCCCAUGGGGAGCGCGCACCCGCCGGACGGGAGCAAGGCCUCAGCCGCAGGGACUGCCCCGCAAGGCUUCGAGGGCGGGGCGCCGCCGGUUCCCGCGCCGGUGCCGGUGCAGCCGCCGGGCGAAGGUGGGUGGGGGAGUGCAGAGGGGUGA